AUGAAGUCUAGGACAGGCCAGGUGGGCAGCGCGGUCCCCCGGGGGCAGAAACCUGGCCCCAGACAGUGCUGGCCCCUGCUGCUGCUGGGUCUGGCUGUGGGUGCCCAUGGCCUAGAGCCCUCAACAACAGCACCAAGGACCAGGGCCCUGGGUCCCAGAAACCCUGAAGGAAGCACUCCUUGGAGUCUGUGGGACAGGUUCCUGCUCUGGCUUGGCCCCCAGGGAACAGGUCCGAGGUGCUGGCCCAGUGGGUUUUGGUCUGAACCCCAGUCAUCAUGGUUUGUCUUCAGCAAGGGGACCCAGCUCACCAUCCUAGGCCAGCCUCACUCCGAACCCUUGGUCACCCUGUUCCCACCCUCCUCUGAAGAGCUCCGAGUCAACAAGGCCACAUUGGUGUGUCUGAUCAGUGAUUUCUACCCCGGUCACUUAACGGUCACCUGGAAGGCAGAUGGUACCACCAUCACCCAGGGUGUGGAGACCACCCAGCCCUCCCAGCAGAGCGACCACAAGUAUGUUGCCAGCAGCUACCUGAGCCUGUCACCCAGCAAGUGGAAAUCUCACAGCCAGUUCAGCUGCCAGGUCACACACGACGGGAGCACUGUGGAAAAGACACUGGUCCCUGCACAAUGUCCUUAUCCUUAGU